UCUCACUCGCACCAUGGUUGACUACUCCAAGUGGGACAACAUCGAGCUCUCUGACGACGAAGAAGUGUCUCCCUAUGUGGACAGAGACUCGUUCAUGGCUGUUCGUCGCCAGCAAAAGGAGCAUGAGCGUCAGAUGGUUGCGCAAGAGGAGCAGAUGCGGGAGGAGAACAAGAAGGCUAUCAGCAAGCUGCUGCUGAAGCUGACGGAGGAGAGCCUCGACGCAGAGACCAAGGACGGGCUCAAGACCGAGUUGGAGGAGCGGCAGAAGGCCGAGGACGUUUACGCGGAGCGGGCGGCGGAGCGGGAGAAGAACUUCAAGUGGAACGCAGACAACAUGUGCACCACAAAGUGGGAGUCAACUCUCAUCAACAGGGGCAAGUCUGCCGACGAGCAGGAGGCUGAGCUGGUUGGCGAGGCCAAGGCGCUCAAAGAGCUCCGUGUCGCACGCGCCGCUGCUGAAGGCGCCGCUGCUGCUGCUGGCAUCUCGCCGGACGCCCUGCUGCCGUCGGGCGAGAUCGAUCCGGCCGCCGCCGCUGCUGCUUCUUCUGGUGCUGCUGCUGCACCGACACCGGGUACUGGUGGAGAGGACGAGCCCGCUGCUGCUUCGGACGACGCCGACUCGGAGCUGCAGCUCCUCAUCGACAUGGUCGGCUCGGUCCCGCGCGGCAAGUUUGAGCGGCUGCAGGAGAUUCUCAAGAGGCACGCCAAGGCGCUGAUCAACAAGGACAUGGCCGAUCAUCUCUCGAUUCUCGGCAUCCGCGCCAUCAAGGCCGGCGACCACAAGGCUGCCAAGCGCUGGGUCCACCACUCGUACGUCGUGCAGUACAUUCUUGCCAUGGGCGGGCCGUCGGGCGCCAACCAGUUUUUCGGCAUGAUGCUCUCCGGCAACAAGCAGGCCGUCGCCGCUUUUAAUGACGACUGGAAGAACAACUACCAGAAGCUCGUCGCCGCCGUCGAGGAGGAGCUCGCCAACGCCGACGACGAUGAGGCCAUCGAGACCGAGGCCGCCGCUGCCGCCCCAGUUGCCGCCGAGGGCCUCACUCCCGAAGAGCAGGAGGCCAUCGCUCAGACCGAGGAGUACCAGGCUUACGCCGCAGUCAUGGACACCCUCCCUGAGGCUCUCCGCGAUGCCAUUCUCUCCGGCGACGUUGCCGCUGUCCGCGACACCCUCAAGUCGAUGGACCCAGUCGAGGCGUCGGCUGCCGUCGAAAAGUGCAAGUCGGUCGGCAUCCUCGGUUGAACCGAGCCGUAUAAAGUCAUGGAAC